CUUGCUGCUCUGCAAACUUCAUCGGAGUGAAAUGGCCAUCAGAAGACAUCAGUUAGAAGAAAAAGUGGGCGAGAUGGAAAAGUUUGCAGGACACUUGGAGGAAAUCUUCCUGACUGUGGAGGAGAACUUUGGGCGUCGUGAGCAGCACUUGGAGCGUCACUACAACCAGGUGCUGCACACCUUGUCCCAGGGUCAUGAUGAUGCUGCUGCAGGACUGGAGGAGCAGAAGAAGAACAAGUUGCAGAGUUUGUACACUCAGCUGCUUGCUUGUGGGGAACAUCUGGACGCCUCCAAGGAGCUCAUUGAGGAAGCCAAGGAGGUUUACCGCAGCCACGAUAUCAGGCUUUUUCUCAAGGUUGUGGUUGCCACCAUUAAAAGAAUGGAGGACUUUGCCAAAGAAGCGAUGGACCUCACCUUGUCCACACGUCUGGACUUUGACACGCCUCUUGCUGACCUGUCGGACGUCACAAGCAUGAUGGAGUCCAUCAACAUUGUUGCAGCUCCCUCAGCUCCAGUCAUUAACCCUCAAGUGGCCAACUCGGCCACACACACAUCUCUGCGUGUGUGCUGGACUCUCUUCUCUGACGACACGGUGGACUUCUAUGAGCUGUACUACACACCUGUGCUGCACCACACACCUACUGCUGCACCACCAGUGCACAAAGUGAAAGUGAAAGAAAGUCAGUGCUCUCUGACAGACCUGCUGCCUGGAGCUCAGUAUGAAGUGUGGCUCACGGCCACCAACACCACCGGCAUCAGUCCUGCCAGCGACAAGGUACUCUACCUCACAGUUCCUUCACCUCCAGUGCUGAAGUUGAAGGAGUGUUGCAGCUGCACAGAGGCUGCUCUAAUUCGCUGGGAGUCUGGAAACUGUGAUCCUGUCGAUUCUUACACACUGGAACUCCAACAGUUGACACUUGAUGACACUGACCACCACGUUACACAGUGUGUGGUAGCAAUACCCACGUGCCAGUGUCUGGUUGCCCUCCAAGAUGGCCGUCAUUACAGCGUGUGUGUGAGGGCCGUCAAUGUUGGCGGUCAGAGCGACAAGAGUGAUGUCAUCACCAUCUCCACGACUGGUACCUUCUUCCACCUGAUGGAGGACACUGCCCAUCCUUGCUUGUCCUUCUCAGAGGACGGUCUGACCUUAUUUUACGGGGAUGAAGAAGUACCAAUAAGUGCUAUGGGUCUAGACCACAACUACUUCACCAGUUGUGUGGCGGUCCUGGGGGAUCUGAUUCCAGUACGUGCUCGCCAUUACUGGGAAGUGUCGGUGGACCAUGAGACAGAGUAUCGUAUUGGUGUGGCGUAUGAGGACACGGAGAGAAGUCACUACCUGGGAGGAAACAGCAGCUCCUGGUGCAUGAGACACGUCCUCACUCCAUCCAGGCACAAGUACGAGUUUCUGCACGAUGGCUGGAGUCCUGACCUGAGGAUCACGGUGAACCCAGUCCGUGUGGGUGUGGCUUUGGACUAUGAGAGAGGAACCCUGAGCUUCUUUAACGUGGAUUUGAAACAACACCUGCACACCUUCCAGUGUCACUUCCAGCGUUUGGUGCACCCUUGUUUUGGCCUGGACAGCCCAGGAGCUCUGACCAUCAUCAAUGGAAUGGAGGCUCCCAGAUAUGUCCUUCAAUAUUAGCAUCUCCACAUUAGGUAUUAGUUGACCAUCAUCUAUGGAAUGGAGGUGUCCUUCAAUAUUAGCAU